AUGAGUAAAAUUAAAGUGUUGAGUGUUACAGGUAAUCCAGACUUAAUACAUUUCAGAACUCUUCAGAAGACUGAAAGAAAAAAGACUUAUGAAAUUUAAGAAAUGCAUGAAGUAAAAAACAUUUUCGAAUAUAAUAUCAGUCAGAAUAUGAUCAUGAAAUAAAAAUUCUAAAAAGAGAUGCUUCCUUGAGAAUGUAACUAAAAAGAUUGCAACCACUAUCUAACCAAGAGCACUUCACAAUUGAUGACUCUUUCACUUCUAAAACUGUUAAAAGGUGGACAUAAUUUAUAAUAAUUUAGGCCAUUAUUAUUAAUUCAAAAUGGUACUCCUAUAGUACAUUCAAGUAGACGUACUAAAUUUACUUAAAGUUUAAUUAACUAAGCCUAUGAAUCAUAAUUAUCUUUUUUUAAUUCACGAAAGAACAGUAAAUACUAUAAUAUAUAUAUAUAGCUUAUGUAUAAAUGAUAUUAUAAAUUGAUGAAUAACUCUAUCCAAUAAUAAUUGAAUUAUAUACAGAAUAUGCUCCUAAAGCAUGUGAUAAUUUUGUAAAGUUUUGUGAGGGUGUCAACAUAGAUGGAAAUUAUUAUACAUAUAAAAAUACUAAGUUUUAGAAAUUUAAACCAAAUGGUAGAAACAAUUAUAACUCUAGGAUUUUUAUAAGGUGGAUAAUUUGCAAAAAAAGUAUCUAUAUAUGGAGAUUACUUUGAAGAUGAAUCUUAUGCUCUUUAACAUGAUUGUGAAGGAAUUAUAGGAUAAGUAAAUGAUGGAUUUUAACAUACAAAUCAUUCUUAAUUUUACAUUACAUUAGCUCCUAUGAGUUAUUUUAAUUUUAAAAGAGUGGCAUUUGGAAAAGUUAUUAGAGGAAUGAAAUAGUUUUAAAAAAUCUUAAAAAAAGAAUUGAUUUCUCCUAAUAUUAUUAUUUAAGAAUGUGGACGUUACGAUCAAUAAGCUUAGAUUAGAAUGAAAUUAGAGAAAUUUUCUGAAGAUUUUGCAGGUGUAUUACCUGAAAAUGCUGAAUCAUUUAAUAAGUUUAUUGAUGCUGAAUAAGAGAAACAUACUGAUGCAUAAGGAGAUUUUACAUAAUUAAUGAAAUUUUUAGUUGAAUAAAUGAAAUUGAUUUCGAAAUUUGCAUAUUCGUUAACUGCAAUAAAGAAAGCAAUACUAUAAUUAAAUGAAUAAUUUAAAAAGAAUUAAUUAUGUUUGAUGUUAUAUAUAUUAGACAAUUAAUAAGUCUUAUUAAGUGAUAAUUAAUAGGGAAAGUAUUUAGUAGUAUUUAGAGCAAUAGAUGGUACUGAUUCAUGUAGAGCAUCAGCAUUUAUUGUAUUUAAAAAAUAAACAACAAUGUUCAAAAAUGUGAAUUUAAAUGAUCUUAAAUAAAGUGGAGAACAAGUUAUAGGAAUAUGUUAUUGUAUCUAUGGAACAACAACUUAAUUAGUUUUUGGAACUGGUUAUAAUUUGAGUAUGUUCACACUUUAGAAUAAUGAAUUCAAAUUAUAAUAAUAAGAGUAUGUAGAUGAUUUGAUAAUGAUAGACUAUAAAUCCCAAAAAUUGAAACAUUUUAUUGUACAGAUAUCAAAGAUGAUUUUUUAUAAUAUAAAAUCAUAUCUAGUUUACCAACUAAAAACAUGAGGUACACAAAUAGCAUAUUUACAACUUUACAUCGUGUAGUAAGACUUGGAGGUCUGGCUAUGUAUAAAGAUGUGACCAUUUUCGAAGCAUUGAUUUGUGCAUUCAUUUUAGCAAGAUCAUGGGGUUGGUCAUUUUGUGCAGGAACAAGUAAAUAAUCUAUAAAUAAUCAUUCUAGCUACUUUCAAUUAAAUAAAGGUCAAAAAUGUUAACUAAUUAACUUAUCUUUAUUUAGGUUAAUAGAAAUGGGUCUAGAAGAUAGAAAAUCAUUUUUUAUCCAUAGUUUGA